CAACUCCGACCACCAAUACCGCACCAUCCUUUGCAGUACCUGCUUCUGCUCUCUCUCUCUCUCUUAGUUUGAUUCGCUCAUUUAUUCAAGGAAAUGAGUUGGUCAUCAAGUGAUAAAUUUUUUGUGAACUCAAAGUUGGAGGUCUUCUCGGUUGAUAUCUUUUCCGAACCAUUAGAAUUGGCACGAAGCGAAGAUGUUGUCUACGAUGGACCAAAAGAUGAUGAUUUCAAGAGGUUCUUGCGCUCUAAGAACUUUCGAGUAAACUGUCAGGGAAAGGCUAUUGUAUGCAUCCAAAAGCGCAACGGUGAUGGAGAAUUUCUUGAAUGUCAGUAUGAUACCUUCGUUUUGGAAACGGUGGUAAUGUUGGGCCCUUUUGGUUUCCAGAAUAUACCAUUGCCGAAGCCGCAAGAGGUGAGCGAAUUGAGAAGCCUCCUGGACAAUACAAAGGCUGAAUUGGCGAGGAAGAAUGACGAGCUUAGUGAAUCACAAAGACUCCUAAACAAUACCAAGGACGAAUUGGCAAAGAAGAAUGACGAGCUUAAUGAAUUGAAAUGCAUCUUGGACAAUAUGAAAAGUGAAUUGGUGAAGAAGAAUGAUGUGCUUAACGAAUUAAUGAAGAAGAAGAAUGAUCAAGAUUGGAAUACUAAACGGUUCCAGCUAACUAUGAUUGCAAUCACAAACUCAAUGAAGAGGGUGUUCAUUGACAUUAGCCUUGAACCACCAGCCAGUGGAGAUCCAGAAUCUGUGCUGAGGUUUCUUGAGAUAUUACAUGAUCUUAUCCAUGACAAAGAAUUCAGUGCCACUUUCUUAGUAGCUGCGAAUGGGAUACUGGCCUCGAUCAAAAGUAUAUUUGAGAAACGAAGUGGCUUAAGCAUUGGCAUGGAAACAACGUAUAGUACUCCAUGUACUCCAGCCCAUCUCAUUGAGAGUCUAUUUACCUUAAGAGGCUUUAUUGAGUCCCACUUCUUUAUUGAUGGUAGUGUUAUAGUCAGGGACUUCCGCUUGAUGAAUGAGUACGACCUCCCAAUUAUCUUUCGGGAUUCUGCAGCAAAUGUGGCUGAACUCAGGAAGAAGGAAAUAGGUGCGAAAUCAAUCUAUAACAUCGAUGGAAACUCCAACUUCUAUGGGUAUUUCAACAUUCCAAUGGUGGGGAUGUUCAAGGGUGUUUUGACGAGAGUUCAUGUUACCCUGCCGGAUGAGAUCAUGCAGAAACUUCAAGUAGGCAAACAAAACCUUGAUGAUAAAAGGUUUUGGUUUGUCUAUGCCAAUGGGUCAGGUAUAUUUGAAAAGAAUAUUGAGUCAUUAAGUUCUCCGGAAUCGACAAACAAUCCAGAAGUUGUCAAAUUUUCCCCUUCUCGGUUCUUAGGUGACUCGACAGAUUUCUCAGAGUUUAUGCUCAGGAUCAAUAAUCGAACCUUUGUUAACGAAAAGGGGACAUAUCUCAAGUUUGACUUUAUUGCCACCAAGCGUCUAAGUUCGGGUGAUGAUACCAUUCGCUAUAUUGAUAAGGAUUUGGUAUUGCAUGAUCCCUUUAAGUUGGUGCAAUUCGAUGCUAGCGAAUGUGUAACUGGUAUUGUAGAAAGAAAUGUUUCAAUCCCUGGGCAAUGGACAGUAGGUAAGAGUAAGAAAUAUGGCACAUGGAUUGUAAAUGAAGCUUUGAAUAAUGACUGUGCUUUCUCUUUCAAGAAUUUCUAUUUUAUUGGGAAAAUAACGAAAACCUCUGGUAUGUUCCGUAAGAAUGCUCUAGUCAGCGUGUUUUUCGAACAAACUCAACAUAUGCAUAAUUGUUAUGUUGAUGCUCUAGCAACAACUUUCUUUGUUUUGCAAACAGAGGAAAGAAAUUGGUGGGACAAUGUUGAGAAGAAGCCUCCAAAAUUUAUUUAACACAGGGCCUGUACUUUAUUUUCUGUUUUGUUUUAUUUCAAUUUA